AUGCCUUCGCCCAGGAGGAGCCCCGCGUCAUCGAGUCCCGCCCAGCCUCAGUCGCCUCAAGACCAUACUGAGAAUGAAGCGGUACUGGCUGCAGAGGAGGCUGCCGAUGAUGCCACAUCGGAUUACGGAGGUACCGCAUCGUCCACGACGAGUGUAAGCGCCUCUAUUCUCGACUAUAGGAAGGAGAACGGCAGGACAUAUCAUCGGUACAAAGAUGGGAAAUACAGCUAUCCUAACGACGAGAGGGAGAACGACAGACUGGACUUGCAGCACAACCUGUGGCUCCUUACCUUCGACAACCGCCUGGGUACCGCGCCGCCGAAUGACCCAAAUUUUCCCGUCAAUCGCGUUCUAGACGUCGGUACUGGAACAGGAUUGUGGGCUAUCGAGUUUGGCGAUGAACACCCAGAAGCUGAAGUUCUGGGUAUCGAUCUUUCAGCUGCUCAACCGGAGUUCGUACCCCCGAAUGUGAAGUUCGAGAUUGACGAUAUCGAAGAACCAUGGACGUUUUCGAGGCCGUUUGACUAUAUACACAGUCGUCUCAUGACAUCCAGCCUUGCAGACUGGAGGAAAUAUCUGCAAAACUGCUACGAUAACCUCGCACCUGGCGGCUACCUCGAGCUGAACGAGAUGGACCUAAUCCCAACCUCGGACGACGGAACCCUCACCGACGAUCUCGCCUUCACCAAAUCCCUGAGACUCCUAGGUGAAGCCAUGGGGAAGCUGGGCCGUCCGUACCAGGACAUACCGGAGCUCAAGGACAUGACGGUCGAGAUCGGGUUCCGCGACGUCGUCCUAGAGAGGUACAAGUGGCCGACCAACUCCUGGCCGCGGCAUCACAAGUACAAGGAGCUCGGCGUCUGGCAGAACGAGAAUUUGACUGCGGGUAUGGAGGGCUUCAUCAUGGCGCCCUUUACGCGGAUCCACGGGUGGUCGAGAGAGGCGGUCCUCGUGUUUCUCGUCGAUGUGCGGAAGGACAUCAAUGAUCGGAAUAUACACGCGUACUUUUCAGUGUAUUCUGUAUGGGGAAGGAAGCCGGCGGUGAAUGAGGGAGGUUGA